GAUUGUGCAAUCCUCGCCAGUGGAAAUCGGGCUUUCAUAAAGGUCACACGUGCCGGUUAAAUAAAAAAAAAAAAAAACAAUAAAUAAAUAAAUAAAAAACCAAAUUUUAAUACCAAAUUUUUUUUUUUUAAAUAAUUUUUUCAAAAAUUUUUUAUUAAUAUUAGAAAAGCACGUGCUCUUUCUCUCUCAUUCAUUCACAUAUGUAUAUACAGUACACGUAAUACACCGGCUUUAGUGAAAAAAAAAAAAAAAAAAAAAACCGCGUGUGAUGCUAUUCAACGUUUUCGUAACGAAAAUUUUCAAAAAAUACAAUUUUUUUUUUUUACAAAACAAAAGUGCAAAGUGCUUAUUAUAAAUAAUUUUUAAAACAUAAUUCUUGAACUAAAUUCCGGUAAUUAUUUUAUACAGGGUAACAGAUGCCUUUAAAACUUGUUUUAAUCAAGAACUAAUAUUGAUAUACUCUCUCACAAUGGAAUAUCAAAAAAGCUAAGGGAAAAUAAUUUUAUAGUUUUUGGAAGAAUUUUCUUUUUUAACCAAGAGAAAUAUUUCAAAAUUAAAAGUAAAUAAAUAAAAGAAAGAAAGAAAAAAAUCAUGGCAUUCGAAAACGGAAGAUCGAGAGAUCUGGACCUGGAGGAUGUGGAAUUAAAUCCAUUGAGAAGAACAAGGUUUCACGUUAAUCGAGUUGACAGUAUGGAAGGAAGAGCUAGUCUUUUAGCUGAACAGGAAACAAGAAAAUCCUUAAAAUAUAUGACAAGAGAAGCAUUACCAAGACUUGACAAUUAUAGAAAUAUUUUAAGUAUUCAAGUUGCACACAGGCCUUCUUUAGAUGAACUUCAUAAUCCCACUCUUUUGAAUAAGAGUUUAAGAAGUAAUACGUUGCCAAUAGCUGAUUUAAAAAAUGCCGAGACUGGAAUAAAAUUUGGUUGGAUUCAAGGGGUGCUUCUAAGAUGUUUACUCAACAUUUGGGGUGUUAUGCUUUUUUUGCGACUCUCUUGGGUCGUUGCAGAAGCAGGAAUAGGACAAUCAAUUUUGUUGAUAUUGACAACAACAAUGGUAACAGUAAUUACAUCACUGUCUAUGUCAGCAAUCAGCACGAAUGGACUCAUAAAAGGAGGUGGAACCUACUAUAUGAUUUCAAGAUCAUUAGGACCAGAAUUUGGUGGAUCAAUAGGAAUAAUUUUUUCAAUCGCAAAUGCUGUUGCAUGUGCAAUGUAUGUGGUUGGCUUUUGUGAAAGUUUAGUUGAUCUUCUCAAGCGUUAUAAUUCCUGCAUUAUCGACUGCAGUAAUACAGAUAUUAGAAUAAUAGGAGUCAUCACAAUAGCAGUUCUACUUGCAAUUGUUAUAAUUGGCAUGGAAUGGGAAGCAAAGGCACAAGUUGGCCUUUUGAUAAUCCUCCUCUUAGCAAUAGCAGAUUUUUUAAUUGGUACUUUCAUUGGACCAAAAAAUGACGAAGAAAGAGCAAAAGGAUUCAUUGGAUAUGACCUUAAUCUUUUCAAGGAGAAUUUUUUCUCAAAUUACAGGCCAAAGGAUGGCCAAAGUCAUGAUUUUUUUUCAGUUCUUGCCAUAUUCUUUCCUGCAGCGACAGGAAUUCUGGCAGGUGCGAAUAUAUCCGGGGACUUAAAGGAUCCUCAAUCUGCUAUACCAAAGGGAACAUUGUUGGCAAUUUUUUUAACAACCAUUUCUUAUCUUAUAAUAGCAAUAAUGGUAGGUGGUUCUGUAAUGAGAGAUGCUUCAGGAAAUAUUAUGGAUUUAUUUAAUAUUUAUAAUAGUUCCAUUUUGAGAGCAAUUGGAGGUUUAGAAAAUCAAACGAGCAUUGAAAAUGAAACAUACUUUGAAAGUAUUCCUGAGAAAAAUUGGAGUAUUUAUGGUACAUCUUUUAAUUGUACACAACCAUAUUGUCCAUUUGGUACCCAUAACAGUUUUCAGGUAAUUGAAUUAGUUUCGGCAUUUGGUCCAUUUAUUUAUGCAGGUUGCUUUGCAGCAACAAUAUCAAGUGCCCUUGCUUCCCUAGUCUCAGCGCCAAAAGUAUUUCAGGCAUUAUGUUUAGACAAUUUGUAUCCAGGAAUUGCUUGGUUCAGUGGAAAAAAAGGAAAGGAACCAGUUCGUGGAUAUUGUCUCACAUUUGUCAUCGCCGUUGCUUUUAUUCUAAUUGGUCAAUUGGACAUCAUUGCACCGUUAAUUUCAAAUUUUUUCCUAGCCGCAUACACACUCGUUAAUUUCAGUACUUUUCAUGCCAGUCUUGCUAAACCAAUUGGCUGGCGUCCUACCUUCAAGUAUUACAAUAUGUGGCUGAGUCUCGCUGGAGCGAUUCUUUGUGUGAUAGUGAUGUUUCUAAUUUCUUGGUGGACGGCAUUAAUUACUUUAUUUGUUGUCAUGACCCUGUAUUUAGUGGUGGCUUAUCGAAAACCAGAUGUAAAUUGGGGUUCAACAACACAGGCACAAACUUAUAACAAUGCACUAACGGCAAUUCAACAAUUAGACAGAGUUGAAGAACAUGUGAAAAAUUAUCGUCCACAAAUUUUACUCCUCAGUGGAUCACCAAGUUCAAGAUCAUCAUUUGUUGAUUUUGCCUAUCAUAUUACAAAAAAUCAAAGUCUACUUGUUUGUGGAGACAUAAUACAAAGUUCAUUGUCAUACAAAACUCGUGCAACAAUGUCAAUGAUGGCAACAUCUUGGUUCAGGACAAAUAAAAUAAAAGCAUUUUAUUCACUUGUCGAUGGGGCAAAUUUUCAGGACGGUGCUAUUUCAUUGUUACAAACAUCAGGUCUUGGUAAACUUCGACCAAAUAUUUUACUUAUGGGCUAUAAACAAGAUUGGUCCACGUGUCCUUUGGAAAAUUUAAACAUGUACUUCAAUGUGAUGCACAAAGCACUAGAUAUGCAUAUUGCAGUUGCACUUCUGAGAGUCACUGAAGGAUUAGAUUUUAGUGCUGUUAUGGAAGAUGUUGAGGAACACAGAAGAACAAUUCUUCCGACAAUAAGAGGAAAUCAAAGUUUCUCUCAAUUAAGUCAAGCGAGUAGCGUUUCGGAUAUAUCAGUCUCAGGUAGUCCAACACCAAAUCGAUCUAAUAAAAUAAACGAAGAUCCAAAUCCAAAAAUAGAAGUGCGUACAGAAAAUAGACAAAAUGCAACGAUAUCAAAGGAUAUUUUGGAUGCUGUGACGAGAUUUCAGAGGAAACAAAAAAAAGGAACCAUUGAUGUUUGGUGGUUAUAUGAUGACGGUGGUUUAACACUCUUACUACCAUAUAUCAUAAGUACCAGAAGAAAUUGGUCGAAUAGUAAAUUAAGAGUAUUUGCCCUAUCAAACAAACACUCCGAACUUGAAUACGAGCAAAGAAACAUGGCAAGUCUUCUUUCAAAGUUCAGGAUAGAUUACUCAGCUUUAAAAGUUAUUCCGGAUAUUUCAAAACCAGCUCAGCCUGGAACGAAAAACUUCUUCGACUCGCUAAUUGCAGAUUUCUGUAAUCCAGCUAAUCCACGAUUAACGGAAGCGGAUAUUAUUAAAGACUCCGAAUUGCUUGCUAUGAAAGACAAAACAAAUAGACAUUUACGUUUACGUGAAUUACUUCUUGAAAAUUCCAUGGAAGCUAAUUUAGUUGUUAUGACUCUACCGAUGCCAAGAAAGGGUGCAGUUUCAGCGGCACUUUAUAUGGCAUGGCUUGAAACUUUAACACGUGAUAUGCCACCAUUUUUAUUAGUUCGCGGUAAUCAUUCAUCAGUACUGACAUUUUAUUCAUAAAUUUGUCCCUUUUGAUAUAGAAAGAGAAUAUAAAAUCAUAAAAAUGAGGAUUAGAAUCUGACGAAUCGUUUUCGUCACGCGAGUAGAUAGAAAUUAACUUUCAAAAUAAAAAAAAACAUUAUUAAUAUUAUUAGAAGAGACAAUUUACAAUGUGAAAAAAUAGUUAUAUAUUUUAAAAACAAAAAAAAAUAACAUAUUUUUCUAUUAAAAUGUUUAAUAUCACAGAAACGAAUUUAUAAUAAAAUAAAAUAAUUCUAGUAUAUAAUAGAUUUAAUAAAUAUUAUAUACUUAAAUUAGCUAAUAAAAAUAAAAAAAAUAAUAAUUUUAGAAAUAUUACAAUAGAAAAUAACUAAUCACCAAGGUGCUUGAAAAUAUUUUAUUAAAAAUAUAAUUAAUAAAUCUCAAUGAAAACAUUUAAUUAUUGUAUUAUUAUUAAUUAAAACAAUUCAAAUUAAAUUUUUCUUUUUUAAUUUUGAAACAAUUAUCUUAUUUAGUUGAGAGAAAAAAUAAUUAUAUUUUUAAUAAAAGCAAUUGACAAUUUGUUACACAGCUUCCGCCUUAACGUAUUGUAUCAAUGCGUUAAAAAAAAAAAAGAAAUAAUUUUGUAAACCAACGUUGUGACUUAUUAGUAUUUUGCAUAGACUUUUUAAAAAAGCCAUUGUGCACUUGCAAAAGUUUUCAUUUAAAUUACUGAUUUACGACUAAUAUACGUCAAGAAUCUUUUAAUUUAUAAAAAUGUACAGCUAUAUGUAUAUUAGGAAUUCUAGCAAAUCGAUCAAUAGUUUAUAAUGUAAUUUAUAAAUAAUUAAGGAUUCUGUAGGUAGGUCUUCCGAUGUAAUUGAUUUUAUAAAAAAUUUAUAAUUGUAAAACCAAUUUAAAUUUCAAUUUCAGUUGAAAACUUUUAAUUUUUAUACAAUGUUCAUUAUAUUUUUUGAAAUAUUAUUAUUUUACUGAAUUUAAAUAACAACAAUUGAAUUACAAAAAAAAAAAAAAUUUAAGACAAAUUUUUUUAUAUAACACAAUAAAUUAAAGCACAAAUUUUAUAAGAAAAGAAUUUUUUGAAAAUAUUAUCUAAUGCAAAAAUUCAAUUUAUUGUCCAACAAGUUUAAAGUGGAAAAUUAUUAUGAACACGUGAAUUGAAUGCAAGUAAUAUUUGCAUUUUAAUAUGAAAUAUUGACAGGGUUUCUGUAUUGAUUUUCAAACUCCCUUUGUUACCAGUGUUACACAUUGUAUUAUGCAAAAACUGUUAAAUUUACAACAAAAAAAAAAUCGCGCACAAGGAUAUUAUAAGAAGAGCUAUUUUUAAAAUUCUAAUAAAAAAUUUAACAAAUUUAUUAUUUAAACUCGUACAUAGCGAUUCAGUAUAUAAAAUAAUUAGUACUUUUAAAGAUCUAAUUAAUGUACAUAUUUUCAAUGUAAAAUUUUAAUACAUUGAAUAUAUUUUAAUUCGACGGAAAAUCGCAUAAAAACUUCAAUUUUUUUUAUAAAAAUUAAAAAAAAAGUUUUAAAAAAACUAUUUUUUCAAAAUAAAAAGAAAAAUGUUAAUGAUAGUAAAAAUAAUAAAAAUUAUUCAAUGAUA